AUGUCUUUUGCUCCCGCGAAUAUUGCAAAUAUUGCAGAUUUUAUAAAAAGACUUUACAGAAUGCUCGAAGAUAGAUCUUAUGCACAUAUUGUAUCAUGGGGUAUAACAGGAGAUACUUUUGUUGUUCAUGAACCAAAGGAAUUCUCAAAAUCAAUUUUACCGCAACAUUUUAAACAUAAUAAAAUGGCUAGCUUUGUGCGUCAACUUAAUAAAUAUGAUUUUCAUAAAAUAAAAACCAAUGAUGAAGAAUCAAGACUUUACAACGAUCAGGCAUGGGAGUUUCAACAUCCUAAUUUUCAACAUAAUCAAAAUAACAGAAACAGCGACAACAACAAAGAUAAUUCGUUAUCAGAAGAUAUAAAUACUCGAAUAGAUAAUUUGACUCAAAUACACACUGAUUUAUCAAUUAAUAUGAAUAUUUUAUCAAGAAACUGGAACAAUUUAAUUAGAAAUCCGAAUCCUACAAUAACAUCAAAUACAAUUUUCACAAACACUGAUACUAAUAAUAAUAAUCACAAUCAUAAUAAUAAUCACAAUCAUCAUAAUAAUAAUAAUCAAUUAAUUAAUUCCACGGAAAGCACAUCUCAUUCUCAUAAUCAAUUUUCAGAACAAUUACCCACUACUAACACUACAAGACCACUAUUACCAACGAUCAUAACUGAAUCAAUAGAGUUACAUCAUCAACAACUACACCUAUCACCAUAUUUAAAUGGAUUAUCAGCGAUUAAUAAAAUAAAUAUUAACUAUUACGAUUUAGUUUUUAUGGAUACUUUAAUGCAAAAUUUUGAUGAUGGAUGUUAA